AUGUUCAGCCUGGAAGACUCAGUCUGUGCGGCAAUGCACAGUCGCAAGAAGGCUGGGUCUUUAGAGAUGCUUUCACAGUACAAUGCUGCUGUCUCUCUCGGCUUUGCAGCCUCCAUUUCACCAUCAUCAUCAGAAAUUAACCCUAUGCGGAAAGCAAGCAUCAAAUCCUUUAUGGACUAUCCACACUGCCAAGGCAGAAUAGAGCCUGGUCCUAAGCCCCAUGACUUUGCCAGCAUGGGAGAGUUCAUUGUCUUUCUGGGCGCAGCCGCUCGAGUGAUCCCCACCCCAAAGAUGCGUUGGCGCCCACUGCAGCAGAGUCGUUUUGUUAGUUCCCACUGGCUCACGGUCCAGUCCCAUCUCCUGAGGCCAAGGCUCUUUCCCGAGUCUCCUUCCCCAAUAGAAAACUGCAACUUCAAAGUUAACAUGACUGCCCAAGCACUGACAUCGGAUCAAAAGAAGGACCUAACGGAGAUCGUUAAACGGCUGAUCGCUCCAGGCAAGGGAGUUCUGGUCUUAGAUGAGUCCCUCUGUACUAUGACUAAGCGCUUUUCGUGUAUUGGCAUUGAGAACACCGAAGAAAACAGGCGCUGCUUUCGCCAGCUGUUUGUGACCACUGAUAAUGAAAUAAGCAACUACAUCGGAGGUGUAGUCCUUUCCCAUGAGACAUUCUACCAAAAGUGUGAUGAUGGCCGGCCCUUCCCAGACGUCCUCAAGACCAAGAAUACUGUUGUGGGCAUUAAGGUGGACAGAGGUGUAGUACCCCUGGCAGGAACCAAUAAUGAAACUACCACCCAAGGGCUGGAUGGCCUGGCUGAGCGCUGUGCCCAGUACAAGAAGGACGGAGCUGACUUUGCCAAGUGGCGUUGUGUACUGAAGAUUAGGGAGGAUACACCCUCUCCUCUUGCCAUUUGGGAAAAUGCUAAUGUGCUGGGUCGGUAUGCCAGUGUUUGCCAGCAGAAUGGCCUGGUACCCUUCAUUGUGCCAGACAUCCUCUCUGAAGGAAGCCAUAACCUGAAGCAAUCUCAAUUUAUUGUGGAGAAAGUUUUCGCUUCUGUAUUCAAGGCUCUGAAUGACCAUCAUAUUUUCCUUGAAGGGACUGUGCUUCAACCCAAUAUGGUAAUGCCAGGCUACAACUGUUGCCAGAAAUAUUGCCUCGAGGAGAUCGCAAUAGCAACUAUAACAGCUUUCCGAAAUACUGUGCCCCCUGCAGUACCUGGUGUGGCCCUUAUGUCUGGAGGCCAGAGUGAGGAGGAUUCCACUAUGCUACUCAAUGCACUCAACAAAUGUUCCCUACCCAAGUCAUGGAUCCUGACCUUUUCUUACGGUCAACCUCUACAGAUAUCUGCUGCCAAAAUCUGGGGAGGGAAGGACUGCAAUGUCAAGAUGGCCCAGCAAGAGUACCUCAAACGGGCCAAGGCCCUCAGCCUCGCCAGUGAAGGCAAGUAUUGCCCACCCACUAGUUCAAGGGUGUCACACACCAGUGAGUCACUCUUCAUCUCCGUCUACAUCUCUAACAAUCCCAACAUGAAGCCCUAA